AUGAUGUUCAGCUCCACCGUGAUGGCCGUCCUGAUGGGCGCCUCCAUGGCCAACGCCCACAUGAUCAUGAGCUCGCCCGUCCCGUACGGCAAGGACACCCUGAACAACUCGCCUCUGGCCGCAGACGGUAGUGACUUCCCUUGCAAGCUUCGCGACGGCGUCUACGAUGCCCCAACCGCUGAGACCAUCCUCGGCAUCGGCGAGGACACUCCUCUGACCUUCAUCGGAAGCGCCACCCACGGCGGUGGUUCCUGCCAGAUCAGUCUGACCACCGAUCUGGAGCCCACCAAAUCGUCCAAAUGGCAGGUGAUCAAGUCUUUCGAGGGUGGCUGCCCUGCCAACGUCGAUGGCAACUUGUCCGGCGGCGAGGAGCCCGACACUUUCAAGUUCGCUAUUCCCGAAGGCAUCGCCCCUGGCAAGUACACUCUCGCCUGGACCUGGUUCAACCGCAUCGGCAACCGUGAGAUGUACAUGAAUUGCGCACCCAUCACUGUCACCGGCGGCUCCUCCAAGCGCUCCACCCAGGAACUCGAGAAGCGCGCUCCCGACUUCCCGCCCAUGUUCGUCGCAAACGUCAACGGCUGCAUGACCACGGAGAUGAUCGAUAUCCGCUUCCCCAACCCAGGUGAAUACGUCGAGUACUUGGGUAAUCCCGCCAACCUUGCCAAGGAAGGCGCCCCGGCAUGCACUGGCACCCCUACCUUCGGCGGCGACGGCAAUACUCCCGCCUCUGGCUCAGGCUCUGGCUCCAGCGGUACUGCCUCCUCUGGCUCUGGCUCUGGCUCCAGCGGUACUGCCUCCACUGGCUCGGACUCGGGAGCCGCCUCAUCCGGCUCUGCUUCCUCUGGCUCUUCUUCCCCCUCCGCAGAGAGCGCCCCCACCGAAGCCCCCGCGCCGACCGUCCCCGUCUCGGUGCCUACUGCCCAGCCCGUCGCUACCACGGCACCUGCCCCGACUCCCGACUCCACUGAUUCAGCUGGCUCCGACUCCGGCUCUGGUUCCAGCGCCGGUGUUCUGACGGGUCCUUGCAGCACCAAUGGCCAGUGGAACUGCGUUGGAGGCAAUACCUUCCAGCGCUGCGCUUCCGGUACCUGGUCUGCGGCGCAGCAGAUGGCGACCGGCACUGAGUGCAAUACUGGCUUGAGUGCAGAGCUCCUCAUCAGUGCCUCGAAGAAGGCCCGUCAUGUCUCGAACAUGCGCUUCCGCAGACGCUCCAUUCAUGGCGCUGUCCACGGCUCUCACUUCGCUUGA